GCACAUCGCCCACACGGUGCGACAAGCCGGCGACCACGCUUCGCCAGCGCAAACAUUGCUCGCGCCGCCUGCCACGCGCCUUUGGCGAACGACGACGAGCCCAUGGUUAUCGCAUUUGCAGUGGGCUUCAAGCAGACCAUCACGCGCAGCUGGAUUCGGCGAGCGAAAGCUGCUGACGAAGCACCGCGCCGCUUGCCGGUACUAUGAGGUGACCGAGAAACGCGCGCUGUGGCUUCAAUGCCGAGGGUCGCGCGCGCGCCGAGGGCCAUGGCGGCGUACGAGACCGGCGGUCGUGGCGCUUGGCGGCCUGCCCUGGUCAAUGGUCGCGGUCGGCGCGGCCCGUCAAAGUACAUACGUGGCGAGGAAACAUUAAAAGCCGCAGGUCGCGAAAUCACUUGGGUUUUGUAUGGUUUCAGCUGCAACCACAAAAAGAACCACAACAAAAAAUCUAGCAAGACCCCCCGACGGAGAGACUACGAGCAACGAGAAAGCGACGCGAUGGAGCUGACGCAUGACACGGACACGGGCCACGAUGCGUCCAUGAACUUGCGUCCGAAGACGAUGUUUGCCAUGAAGGGCCGCGCGCGGCCGAGCGAGACGGCUGCCGAGAGCUUCCUGCCAACAUGGAACAAGGACAGCGAGAAGAGGGCGAAUGGCGACGACCGCCGCAAGGCCAAAGGUAGACAAGCACCCAGCCGGACGACCGCCGACAACAGUGCCAGCAGCAGCAACGAUUCGGUGCUCCGGUACACGCGCGAAGAGCUCCUUGCACUGCACGUCGUGAGCACGGCGCCGCCCGACCUUCCGGAAGGCACGCCCGUCAUUUCACCGGACGCGCUUCCGCCCGUCGGCAACCUCCCGUUCGAUUAUGAAGAAAUCUACAAGCAGUGGGCGCUCAACCGGAACCGGGGCCGUGGCCGCGGGCGAGCGACUGGCGACAACACCAACAACAACAACAACAACAACAAUGGCAACAACAACACGCGGGGUACCAACGGCAACAGCGCCCCGACGCGUGGGCGCGCGAGCUCGAUGGAAGACGGCGCGGAGAAGGGCCCUCGCCGGGGAUCGGACGACCUGACGGACCGCGAUGGCCGACAAUGGGGCGACAAGAAGGGCGACGACCAUUGGGAGCGCGGCGCCAAGAUUGAAAAGGAGAACGACUUGUGGGAUGACGUGGACACGGGCGGCGACACGCUCGAUAUGGGACUGUCCGACUUUGCGCAUGCGGCCGAGCAAUUCCGUGUCGAGAUGGACGAGAUGCAUCGACUGAACGGCACGACGCGCCCCGAAUUCAAGGCGCAGGUGUCUCUCGAAAGCGACGGGCAGUUUGAGGACAGCGUCGAAGAGGACGAAGAGCCGCCAAUGUGGGACAUGCCUGCCAAGGCCGACGAGCAAGCCGAUGACGAGGCGAGUCCGUCGCUGACGGCGGCGAAUCCGCUCGCAGACCUCGCGGGCAUGUCGUGGAACAUGCCGGCCACACCCACGCUCCACGUCUCGCCGCCCGUCGAUGCGUGGUUCUACUUGGAUCCGCAGGGACUGCAGCAAGGCCCGUUCAAGUCGGCGGAGAUGCGCGAAUGGUUUGAAGCCGGGUACUUUAAGCCGCAUUUGCCGAUUCGGUUUGGCCACGAAGGCGAGUUUGCGUCGUUGGCCAACCACUUUCGCCACGGCCAAAUCCCAUUCGCUUCGCUCCCGAGCCCCAACCCGCAAGCGCAGGCCCAAGCCCAAGCCCAAGCCCAAGCGCAAGCCCAGGCGCUCGCGGCCGCCAAGGCGCAGGAACAAGCCCGGCAGCAAGCGCUGCAGCAGCAAAAGCAGCUCGAGCAGCAGCAGUACUUGCUCCAGCAGCAGCGCCUCUUGGAGCAGCGUCGCCUCGCCGACGAGCGCAUGCGUCUCGAGAUGCAGCGCAUGGAACUGAGCCAGGCGCACCACCUCCAGCAGCAGCACCACCUCCAGCACGAGCACGCGCGCAUGGCGAUGUUGCAGCAGCAACAACAGCAGCAGCAAUUGCACCACCAGCAACUGCUCUUCCGCCAGCAUCAGCAACUCCUCCACCAACAGCAACAGCAACAGCACCACCUCCAGCACCCGCCGAUGGACGCGUCCGCGUGGCAGCAGAGCCAGCGCACGGGGAUCCUCGCAGCGCUCGGUAUCUUUGACCCGUCGGCGGCCGCGGACGAAAAGCCGCGCGACGAGGCGGUCGAGAAGCCCGUGACGCCCGGGGCUACCCACGAAGCGCCAUCGGCGUGGGGCCACAAGCCUCUGUCGCCGCAGCCGACGCCGUCGCCAAAGAAGCCGGUCGACGUCGAGUCGCCCAAGCCGAGUGCGACCAAGGCGGCCAAGAAGGCCAAGAAAAAGUCGCCGGAGACGCCGACGAAUACGGCGACGAGCUGGGGCAACGAGAGCCCGGCGGCUUCGUCGCUCAAGCAGAUCCAGGAAGAAGAGCAAAAGGACAUGCGCCGCCGCCUCGAACAGAUGCACGACGCGCCGUCCGAGGCGCCGGCCGACGAGCAGCUUGCUGAUAUGGGCGCGCAGCUCAAGAUGAUGCUGGGCGUCACCGCGUCGCCCAAGAAGCCGUCGCCCAAGAAGCCGUCGCCCAAGAAGCCGUCGCCCAAGAAGCCGGUCGCGAGUGCAUGGAAGGCCGCGCCGGCCCCGGUGGAGACGGCCAAGAAGUCGCUGCGCGAUAUUUUGGCCGAGGAAGAGCGUCUCGCGUUGCUCAAGGCGAGUGCGGUCGACGGCCAGCCCAAAGCGCCGUCGCGCUGGAGCAGCGUCGUCACGGGGGCGGCGCCCGUGGUCGUGGCCGCCCCGAAGCGCGUCGCCCCGACGCCGCCCAAGCCAACAUCUGCGACGCCGGCGGUGGACGCGUCGUUUUGGAACUUUGACGCCAAGAACCAGGCGAAACCAUCGGCGGCCGACGACUUUGGCGGGCUCUCGGACGACCUCAUGGUGUGGUGCGGCAAGCAGCUCAAGAAGCUCGGCGCGAGCGACGACCUCACGCUCAUCCAGUACUGCGCGACGCUGGACGACUCUGGUGAGAUCCGCGAGACGCUGGCUGCCAACCUCGGGUCGACGCCCAAGGUCUCUGCGUUUGCGACCGAGUUUAUCAACAAGAAGCUGGCGCUGCAGAAGCAGGCCAAGUCGACGCCCCGCCGCAAGAAGAAGGGCGACGAGUAGGACGACUAAGUCCAGUGCCGUAGCGAUAGGAGUAGUUAGGGUCUCGGUCCGCGAUAACAGGCAAAACAUUAGUGACUGACGGACGCAGACAAUCGUGUCCACUUGGUCAAAAUACCA